AUGGUCAGGGCCCGCGAAAUCGCCGAGCAGGACGCCCUCGCGGCUCUCUCCGAGCACAUGGACCCGCUCGUGGCCCGGCUCUACUACAACGCCCGGCUCAGCCCCAUCUCCCUGCUCCCCGACGAGAUCCUGCUCAUGAUCUUCAAGGCCCUGGGCGACGACCCGGUGGCGUACUUUCUGCUCCGGCGCGUCUCGCGCAGGUUCAAGCAGGUUCUGCUCGGCCGCGAGUUCCACCGAUUUCUCUACCCGAUGGACCGCGCCAACCCCGACGGCGUCGGACCCGACAUCAGCGUGUACUGGAGUGACACUAAUCCCGACAGAGUCCUGGCGGCGACGGGGAACCACGCCAGCAAUACAAAGCGGCAGUUUCACUGCUCGGGCUGCAACUUGGACCACAACUGGCGCCUCUUCUCCGCGGCAGAGCGGGAGCGGCCGUGGCGGUUCCGGGAGUGCGCCGGACGCCAGGGCUACCUAAGCCUGUGCGCGCACGUCAAAAUUACGUGGGACGCCGUUUCCUCGCGGUACUACCAGCUGCGCCACCGGGCCGCCCUGCUGAGCUUCGAGACCGUGCUCGCGCAGUGCAAGCACCCGAGCCACGAGACGCGGUGCCCGGACUGCAGGCGCGUCGCCGCCGACGCUGGGCCCGUGCAGAGGAACUGGCCCACGGCUUACCUGUGCCUCCAGUCGCCGUCGGGCGAGCUCGACCUGCGCCUCUCGUGGCAGGCGGAGACGGGUCCCCUGCCGAGGUUGCGGGCCUUCCCCAGCAGGGGCUUCGCGCCUCGGACCUGUCUCGAGUACUCUGGCCCCGCUUCUUUCCCCGGAGGGGCCGCUCCGACGACCGCAACACUGACCACCACGACAACGGUCACUUCGGCGGCGGCGGCGGCCGAAGUAGACGCGGCGGACGCCUUCUUCACCACAGGCCGCAUCCUGAACAUGCCCCCUCGGCGCAGCGCGACGCCUCACGCUACCAAGGCCACGUGGCCUGGCACCAGCACUCCAUAG